AUGGAAGAUGGACAGUUAAUGUGGUUAUCCAAUAAGGAUAAUGAUAACAAUAAAGAUUACGAUACUGAACAAGAUGAUGAUUAUACAGAAGCAAUGUAUCGUGAAGAUCUUUUUGAGGGCGAUAUUGUACUUACAAAUAAUGGCGAUACUGUAUUUAACCCUAUUGAACCGAUGAAUAGGCAAGAUGUUGGCGAUAAAAGUCAGGACAAAUCUUCUAUACCUCAGGUUGAAAUGAUUGCAGUACAGUUACACAAUGCGGUAAGACAAAAAACAUUAUUAUGGCCAAAAGGACGAGUGCCAUACUUCAUCUCUGCGGCAUAUCCCAAUAUCAGCAAACUGAUAAUUUUGGAAGCAUUUAAAGAAUUUCAUCUCACCACAUGCAUACAAUUUAUUCCUAAAAGACAAUUCGAUUAUAAUUAUAUUUAUAUCGCACCUUACGAUGGUUGCUAUUCAAUGGUUGGCAAUAAUGGUGGCAGGCAAAUAGUAAGUUUAGGUGAUGGAUGUUUAAAGAAAGGAAUAGUAAUUCAUGAAUUAAUGCAUGUAAUUGGCUUUUUCCAUGAACAAAAUCGCCCUGAUCGAGAUUUAUACGUAAAUAUUCUAUGGGAAAACGUGAAGCCAUCUCUUAUCGAACAAUUUGACAAAUAUUCACCAACUAUAAUUGAUAAUUUGGGUUCACCUUAUGAUUACGAUUCUGUGACACACUAUGCUGCAGGAGCAUUUAGCAAGAAUAAUAGACCAACUAUAAUUCCAAAAUCUAGCAGUAAUGUUAUCAGAAUUGGUCAACGACGUGGUCUUUCUCCAACUGAUAUCUGGAAAGUUAACAAAUUAUAUAACUGCCCUCAGCGAACAAUAACGACUUCUACCUCAUAUGCAUCAAAUCUGAAAUUAUCGAGCACAAUUAGAAGACAAUUUUCUACAACUCCAACGACUGUAACUGUUUCAUCCAUACCAUCAACAGCUCAUAAUACAACCGAAAUCACAACAGCAAAUAAUAACAAAGGAUUCGAAAUUAAUUCAAAAUUUUCGACAAUUUCAACAUUACUUUUGUCAUUUACGACAGCCUAUAUGAAUGGUACAACAAUUGCCGCUUCGACAAGUGCGCCAUUUUAA